AUGCUCUGCAAAUGCUGGUGCAAGCUCGUCAGCUUCGUUGUUGUCGUCAACAUUGUCCUGAUGCUAUUCAUAGUGGGUGUCCUGUCUAGAGCCCUGCUGGCUAUAGACCACCAAUGUGGGCACAGUCCUAGCCCCUCGCUCAAGGGACAGUCAGCUGUCUGGAAAGGCUCCCUGGAGGAGGAGGAUUUGCUAGAGGUGCUUGAGUGUUCGGUGCAAGGGGGCUUGUGGGGAACCGGAGUGUCCUGGUGUUUAGAGCAGCAAGGAAGAGGCUGGGUUCUAUUGGACAUCACCGACCUCUCUAGCUAUGGAAAAUUCUGUAGAACAAACAACUGGAAGUUGGAAGAAAAGACAGUAAGAAAUAGCAGGGAAGGGCGUGCUGUUUGGACUUGCUUGGAGGUUGGUGGCGCAGGGCGGAAGGCUAGCAAACCGAGCAAUCACGUCACACAAAUUUACUAUUCGGACAAAUACAACUACGAGGAGUUUGAGUAUCGACAUGUCAUGCUGCCCAAGGACAUAGCCAAGCUGGUCCCUAAAACCCAUUUGAUGUCUGAAUCUGAAUGGAGGAAUCUUGGCAUUCAGCAGAGUCACGGAUGGGUCCAUUACAUGAUCCAUGAACCGGAACUUCACAUCUUGCUGUUCCGGGGCCCCCUACCCAAGAAGCCAAAGUAAUGAAGCUGGAGAGCUACUUUUCAGCCUCAAGCUUUACACAGCUGUCCUUACUUCCUAACAUCUUUCUGAUAACAUUAUUAUGUUGCCUUCUUGUUUCUCACUUUGAUAUCUAAAAGAUGUUCAAUACACUGUUUGAAUGUGCUGGUAACUGCUUUGCUUCUUGAGUAGAGCCACCACCACCAUAGCCCAGCCAGAUGACUGCUCUCUGGACCCACAGCCUCAGCUGAGUGUGACCCUAGAAGCCACAAUGUGCUCUGCAUCCAGAACGCACUUGGCAUCUGAGUUUGAGACCAUGGCUGUUACAGGGAUCAUGUAAACUUGCUGUUUUUGUUUUCUCCUGCCUAGUGUUGUAUGUAUGGUGACUUGUGGAUUUAUGUUUCAAUGUACUGGAAACUUUCCAUUUUAUUCAAGAAAUCUGUUCAUGUUAAAAGCCUUGAUUAAACAGGAAGUUUUCAUAAUCUAAAAAAAAAAAAAAGAAAUGGCAGGGAAGGCUGUAGGUGAAAAGAAACUUAAGAGACCUUUCAAACAACCCAAUGCAUAAAGUCAUUUGCAUUCUGACUCAAGAAAAUCAGCUGUGAAAAAAGUAGCAUGAAAUUUAUAUGAUUGAAAGUUGUAAUACUUCACGGAUAGUUGAUGUUAUUAAGGAAUUAUUGCCAGUUUCUUCGAGAUGUGAUAAUGGUUGUCUAGUUAUGCUUUCUGAAAUAAGAGUCCUUAGCUUUUAGAGAAGAAUAGUGAAAUAUUUACAGAUGAAAUGACAGACAUGCAGGAUUUACUUCAAAUAUUACAGGAGGGGUAGGGUAGGUAUGGGCAUAGAGAAAAAGAUUAGCUGCGAGUUGGUAAUUACUGAAGCUGGGUGAAGUAUGUGGAGUUUCAUUAUGCUAGUCUACCUACUUGUAGGUAUAUUCCAAAUUUUCCAUAAUAAAAAGUUAAAAAACAAAAAAAAGAACCAUCAUCACCAC